UGACAAGAUGGAUAUCAAUCAUGGUUGAAGAAUGGUGACAUAAUUUCUCAUGUACAUACACUACGGAUAACAAGGAAUGAUUAUUGGGUAGCUAGAAUUCUGCAAGUUCUUAUCAACCUGGUGAUAUAUUGUGUUCUGCCUAUAUUGAAAAUCACAGGCUUCAAUGUCAAGAAUUUUGAAUUUGAGCCAUGAACAUGCCCGAGAAGAAGGCGACUAGAGGCUCUCCUCAGAAAUUGAAUAAUCAGUUUGUAUCAUCAUGCUCCCUCUCUUCAUCAAAGCUCCUAAUCCAUGCCCUCGCCAUCUUCGUCCUCUUUCUCGUCGUCUGGCAAAUCCAGAAGACCUCCUCCUCUGCUUCCCCAUGGGCUCGCUGGGACAAAAUUCUCAACAACUCUUGCCUCUCCCCUUCCCACGACACGCAGGAGGCGAUGGCUGACAGACUCCGACUGGCGGUCACUUUCCUCCCUCUCAAGGACCUCAGAUACGCAGGCGAGCCCAUGAAAGGCCACACGUGGUUCAUGAGUUCCCUAUACGACAUGCAGGAGCAAGGCGAGGUCCAGUACCAGCAGCACCCCGUCGAGGCCUCCGGAGGCAGACUCCUCUGCCUCCGUGGCCGUGACAGGCACGACGGCUCCUGGAACUCAUACGCUCUAGCCUGGCCCGACGCCCUGCCUCAGAACGCCACACUGAAGGCUGGCAUCACGUUCGUGUCAUACAACCACUACGACUACCACAACAUCUGGCACGGCCUGUCCGCCGUGAUGUCGUUCGUGGCGUGGCAUGUCAAGAGCCAGUGCGCGGCACCUGAGCGCUGGAUCUUGUUCCACUGGGGCGAGCUACGCACGACCAUGGCGCCAUGGGUGUCCACGCUCCUGGAGGCCACGUUCGGGGGCGCGGUCAAGAUUGAGGAUUUUGGCAGUGGUGGUGAUGAUGAUGAUGCUCCGGUUUGCUUCGAGAAGGCGGUGGUGAUGCGGCAUAAUGAAGGCGGGAUGUCGACGGAGAAGAUGAUGCAGGUGUAUGAUCUAAUGAGGUGCAGGGCGAGGAUGUAUUGUCAAGUUGGAGGGCGUGAUGAGGGGAUCAAGGUAGGAGUCACCAUGUUGAUGAGGGACGGGACAAGGUCUUUCCGAAACGCAUCAGCGGUUGUCGGGAUCUUCGAGGAGGAGUGCCGCCGGGUUCCAGGAUGCCAUCUGAUGGUAGCUUAUCCACACAAUCUCACCUUUUGUGAACAGGUGCGUACAAAACGUAAAGCUUGUGAUAUUUUAGACCAAUAUAUCUACCUUACGUGUGCAUUGCAGGUGAAAUUGAUGAGAGGGACAGACGUGGUGAUAUCGGCGCACGGGGCGCAGCUGUCGAACAUGAUCCUGAUGGAUCGGAACAGCAGCGUGAUGGAGUUGUUUCCAAAGGGAUGGAAGGAGAUGGCCGGGGUGGGGCAGUACGUGCACCACUGGCUGGCCAGCUGGUCCGGCAUGAAGCACGAGGGGGCGUGGCGGGACCCCGUCGGAGAUCCCUGCCCCUUCCCCAAAGACGAAGCCCGCUGCAUGUCCCUUUUCAAGGACGCCAAGGUCGGACAUAACCACACAUAUUUUUCACAAUGGGGAAGCAAUGUUAUCAAGGAUGUCAUCACUAGGAAGGCACUUCAGGAUCCUUCUUCUUUUAAUCCUGCAGCUGGCCUAUGUGGUUGCCACUGAUUUUCCCAAAUCUUUUUGUUUAUUUUGCUAAUAAUUUUAUUGAGUUUUAAAUUCAGAUGAUAAUAACAAGUUUUCUUCUUUCAA